CAGAAGGCUUCGGCAGCCAAGAAGAGUGCUGCUCCCGCCGUCAAGAAGGCCGUUCCAGCCAAGGGUGCUUCUGCUGCUAAGAAAGCACCCGCGAGCCAGAAGGCUUCGACAGCCAAAAAGAGUGCUGCUCCCGCCGUCAAGAAGGCAGUGAAAGCAAACUCCGUCAAGGGUGGAGCUGCAACAGCGGCCGUCGCGGCGCCGCCUUCCGUUGCGACAAGUGCGGCUGGCAACUCAGUGACGUCGUCUAGCGAUACGAAUGGAGGUCGGCGUCAGCGCCUGCUUCAGAAGGGCCGAGGUGUUGUGGACGUAUUCUCGGGGAAAGUGAGCACCUGCCACGUGUACGAACGAGACGGUGACGUGUACCAGUGCACCUUGAACCAAACCCAUGUUUCUGCCAACAGAAACAAGUACUUUAUUCUGCAGUUGUUGCAGGAUGAUUCUGGAUCCAUGUACUACCUCUUCACACGCUGGGGACGCGUGGGUUACGACGGACAGAACAAAACGGAGGAGUUUUAUGAUGAUGCGGCUGCGAGGCAGGCAUUUUACACGAAGUUCGCCAGCAAGACGGGAAACAGUUGGUCGAAUCGGGCGAACUUCUCAAAAGUUGCGGGACGGUACGAGCUGAUGGACAUCGAUUAUGGAGCGCAGGAGGAGGAGGAGGAAGAGGAGGAAAAGAGGCGGCGAAGUAAAGGGCCGGUGCAGUCUGCGCUGCCAACCGAACUGCAGGACCUCAUGAAGCUUAUCGGGUCCAAGAGCCAGAUGACGCAGGUGAUGCGGGAGUUGGAGAUUAACAUGGAGAGGCUGCCGCUGGGGAAAAUAUCCCAGGCACAAAUCAAGCGCGCAUACCAAGUGCUAAAGUUGAUAGAGAGGGAGAUGAAAAAGGCACGCCCGAAGCUGGCGGAGCUGUCAAGCCAAUUCUACACGCUGAUCCCACACGCCGUUGGUGUCCGUCGGCCCCCCGUCAUCAAUUCAGAGGAACUGUUGCGUCAAAAGAUGGAUAUGCUGGAGACACUGGGCAAACUGGAGAUCGCGGUUUCCCUCCUCGGCGCCAAGGGCUCAGAGGACCUCCACCCCAACGACAAGCUUUAUCGCAGCCUUAACUGUGAGCUGACGCCGCUGCCCCGCGACGACCCUGACUUCCGACGCAUUGAGGAGUACGCGCGCAACACGCACGGUCCGAGCCACAAUUUCCGAGUUGAGGUGACGCGGGUGUUCAAAAUUUGCCGCCAGGGCGAGGAAGAGCGAUAUGAGGCGUUCAAGAAGCUUGGCAAUCGGCAGAUGCUGUGGCAUGGCUCUCGCGUCACGAAUUUCAUCGGCAUCCUCUCCCAGGGCCUGCGCAUCGCCCCACCAGAGGCUCCGUGCACGGGAUACAUGUUUGGCAAAGGCAUCUACCUCGCGGACGUCUGCACGAAGUCGGCAAGCUACUGCCACGCGGCGGCAGACACGAACGUUGGUCUCAUGCUGCUGUGUGAGGCCGCGCUGGGGAAGCAGAGCAGCCUCACUGCAGCGGCGUACAUGGAGAAGCCAAUGCCGGGGACCGACGCGACAAAAGGUGUGGGGAGCUACUUCCCUGAUCCAGCUGGCGCAGAGGUGGUGGAUGGCGUGCUGUGGCCGAAAGGACGCGUGAAGCAGGAAGCGAUUGCCUCCUCGCUGAUAUACCCCGAACACAUCAUCUAUAACGUUGCCCAGUGCAAAAUGAGCUACCUGGUUCAAGUGAAGAUUUGCCGUUAG